AUGUUCAAGAGAUAUGUAAGAGAUACCAGCAAUACCAGCAACAGUACCAGCAACAAGACCAGCAACAAUACCAGCAACAACACCAGCAACAAUACCAGCAACAACACCAGCAACAACAUCAGCAACAAUACCAGCAACAAUACCAGAAACAGUACCAGCAACAACACCAGCAACAAUACCAGCAACAACACCAGCAACAACACCAGCAACAACACCAGCAACAAUACCAGCAACAAUACCAGCAACACCAGCAACAACACCAGCAACAACACCAACAACAAGACCAGCAUCAAUACCAGCAACACCAGCAACAAUACCAGGAACAACACCAACAACAAUACCAGCAGCACCAGCAACAACACAAGCAACAACACCCCCAACAACACCCGCAAAACCAGCAACAAUACCAGCAACACCAGCAACAAUACCAGCAACAAUACCAACAACACAAGCAACAACACGAGCAACAACACCCGCAAAACCAGCAACAAUACCAGCAACACCAGCAACAAUACCAGCAACAACACAAGCAACAACACCAGCAACAAUACCAGCAACAGUACCAGCAACAACACCAGCAACAAUACCAGCAACACCAGCAACAAGACCAGCAACAGAACCAGCAACAACACCAGCAAAACAACACCAGCAACAAGACCAGCAACAAGACCAGCAACAACACCAGCAACAUGA